AUGGCCUGCUCCGCCGCCGCUCCUCCCGUCGUCCCGCCACCCCACCAUCGCCUCCGACUUCCCCUGAACCGCCGCUCCCUCCUCUUCCUCUCCUCGUCCCUCCCCCUCACCGGACCCCUCAUUUCUUCCUCCGCCGCAGGCGCCGCCGUCCCUCUCCAGCCGGACACCACCGUCACCGACAGGGUUUUCCUCGAAUUCAGUUUCUGCCCGUCGUACUUCCUCAGCCGCACCCUCGGCGAGAACGACCUCUCCCUCUGCCCCGACGCGGAACCCCUCGGUCGCCUCGUCCUCGGACUCUACGGAAACCUCGUACCCAUCACCGUCUCCAACUUCAAGGCCAUGUGCAGCGGGGCCUCGGGCUCCACCUACAAGGGCACUCUGGUCCAGAAAAUAUUUCCCGGCCAGUUCUUCGUGGCGGGCCGGCAGGGCCGCCGGGACAAGGGCGAGGUCAGGCCGCCGGCGGAGCUGGUCAGGAACACCGAAACUGUCGAUUCGAGGGCAUUUCUACUGGAGCACUCGAGAGCCGGCGUGGUCUCGCUGUGCCUUUCGGAGAAUGAUGACGACGAUGAUUUGAAGCUCAAUUCUAAUUAUCAUAACGUGGAGUUCUUGAUUACGACCGGGCCCGGCCCGUGCCCGCAGCUCGAUAGCAAGAAUAUCGUGUUUGGAUCCGUGCUUGAAGGGUUGGAUGUGGUGACUACUAUAGCUUCCAUCCCCACAUUCAAACCGGGUGAACAAGUUCGGCAAUAUAAUGAUUUUGCAGAGUUUAUUGGGGACGGGAGAGCCAAAACAGCACGUGCAAUCUGGAACAGACCUCUUAAAACUCUGUAUAUAAGUGAUUGUGGAAUACUCAAGGUCGCUAAACCUACCCUUUCCCCAACUCUGCCAUGA